CGUAGGUCGAGCGUGGUGCCACAGCUACGCAGUGGAUGCCGAGGUGGGUGGCCGCGGAGGACGAGGAAGAGUGAGGAGCAAGAAAGGCUGGAGCCAUUGCCUCGUCCCACGCUCCGACACUCUCGUCGAUUCUGCCGCAGCUCACUUUGCGCGACGAUUUAAGCUCGUGCUCGUGAUUCUUUCAGGUUUUCGUGGACGCUUGAAAGAACUUUUCGAGGCACAUGGUCAACAUUCAUCUUCUUAAGGGCCACUCUCUCCGGUCUAUUCUAUCGCUGAGCAAGAUGGCAUUUAGUCGGACGUCGAGAGAGAUAUGAUGACACCCCUUGCGGUGUAAGUGAUGAAAGGCUUAGACUGUGACGUACUUCGACAAUGGAAGGAAUUACCCACGUGAAACCGAUUCAGUACCUGCAAACUUGGCGGCCAUGGAUGAGUCUUUAUGGCACAAGAAUACGGCCUGUGGCUCCUGUGGGCAGCCUGAGUAGAGGAGGUGUUCAUGAUCCCUCUCUUUUGCAUCGUACUCUUCCCGACGAACUUCUGCACGAGGUAUUCAGCCGAGCUGCACCCUACGCUUUGGGAAGUGGUGCAUGUGUUUGUCGCAAAUGGCGGCUUGCUAUACGCCAUCCAGCUCUUUGGCGGGGAGCCUGUUUGAAAGCUUGGCAGAUUUUUGGGGUACAAGAGAACGAACGAAUCGUCAAGAAGUCCUACGGAGGUUCCUGGAGAAGGAUGUGGAUAGAACGUCCUAGGCUCCGAUUUGAUGGUAUUUACGUGUCUCGAAAUACUUACAUCCGUGCAGGCAUCACUGAGUAUAAAAUCACCAAUCCCGAGCGUCUGAUGUGCUGCUACUACAGAUACAUUCGGUUUUAUUCAUAUGGAAAGUUUCUGUAUAAGACAACACCCAUGACCCUCAAGGAGGUAGCGAGGUACUUCCAAGGUCGUCCAUCUAAAGCAGACCCUGUCUUUGGCGGACGCUACACAAUUGCAGGCAAUCAGGUUGAUGCUGCAAUUCUGUACCCAGGAGAGAAACCUACGGUCUUGAGAAUUCGCCUAAGACUUCGAGGAAAAUACCCUGGUGUCAACAAUCUACUGGACCUUGAGUCAUUGAUCACAAGCGGAGUUGGUGAAAAUGUACAUAUGGACGAUGAUGAUGAUGUCAUGGAUGAAGUUGAAGGGUGGGAAGAAGAGGAAUCACAUGAUCCAGAUAUUCCAGCUGUAAGACAUAAGAGGGGAUGUGCAACUUUUGUCUUUGUGCCUUUUGAAGAGGUGGAAACAUCAGUCUUGAACCUACCAGUAGACAGAAUGGACUUUUAUGUGCCUGGUUGAUGUUGGCCGUACGCCAUACUGUGUGAGGUAUUUGGCUCUUUGCAACCAAGGGAUGACUCAGCCACUGGUAGUUCGUAAUUAUUCUUGGUUGGAUACAUCUCGGAGAUAGAUUGAGGUUGUUGUGCUACAUGUAAAUUGAAGUAAGAUUCGUAAUAGGACGAGACUUCAACCAGAUUCUGUUUUGGUCAAAUAUUUUCUGGCCGCUGGCCGAGAGCCAGUGUUGAACCGGUGUGUAAAGUGUCUUCAAGGCAAUACAUUUCAAAGUGUUGAAACACAAAUUCACGAAGCCGAAACUGUUCCC